AUGGGUGCGGAGUACCUGGGGUUGGACGUGUCAGGAUGGAGUCUCAUGACUUCUACCUGGUGGGAUAGAACGCUGGCGGGUUGUCUAUUAACCGCGAUUGUUGUUGGAUCUUGUUACAUCCUUUUUCUUAUCAGCCGAACACUAUAUCGGCAUUGGCGAACACGACAUGAGCUUUCAAAGAUACCUUCUGCUGUCGCACGGCACCUGGAGAAAUUAAAGACGGAAACGCCCAAGUUUUACACAUCUCGCUCGGACGAGAAGCAACCGAAGGCUUUCGGUGUUUACCUCGGAAGCUUCUCCGACUCUCCAACGGCAGACGAAAUCCGCAUCCUAUCGCAAUGGGAUGUCGUUGUACUAGAUCCUCUGCAGGACGGUGUACUCAAUGCACUCUCUCGGGAGGAAACAGCCUCACACACCCUCGGAAGGCUUGAUAUCCGCAAACUGGUUUCAACUGAUAGUGGCUCACAACGCGACGAAGUUAUUCGUGCUAUCAAUGUCCUCACUGCGACGAUUGGGAGCUACCUAAAGCGCCCCCAGGAUUCCCGGUCCCCUUUCACUGGUGUAGUCCUGGCGGACUGCCACGAGCAUCUCCAGCCGGUUGUCUUGAACGAGGUUGUGACAUUUAUCAACGGUCUCGGUCUCGAUGUCUGGAUGGAGCUCGGACCCCCAGACUACCUCAGUGAGCGCCAGUGUCGCGAAAUCAACUGGUUAAAAGUCAGGGGUGUUAUUUACCGCAACGGAACCAUUCUUCCUAAUGGCGAUAGACGCAACUACUUCCAGAUGGAGAAGAUGCGGACGGUCAUGAGGGUUGUCGCGGCACAGAAACCCAUUGGCUCCUCCACCCUCGCGAUGUGGGACACCGUGGACGAUGGUGUAGAGGUCAGCCACGAGGUCCUUCAUCGUAGCUACAAGUGGUGCAAUUACAACAGUGCCAUGAGUUGGAUUGCUCCCAGGGCUGCCUUGAGAGACGCGAAAAUCGCAUCGGAAAAGACUGUCAUCCACGAGCCUAUCGGAGCCAUGAUGUGGUUGAAGGACGAGCAAACUCUGGAGACACACGACAUUUGGAGGAAGAACGAGAAUAUCGCUCUUUCAUCCACCGGCCAUGAGAGCGUAUUUGACUCUCUCGAGUAUUUCGUCCCCAACCUGCGGAGGAAACUCGCCUUAUUCCCUCCCGCUCCCAAGCCUGAAGCAGAUGAUCAAGUGAUCGUGCUGGAUGAGCUGAAGUGGCCAUCGCUAAACGCACCCGUCGCGCGGAAUCCCUUUUUGACAUCUCCAGAUGGCGAUGACUACACGGGACUAGGAUGCUUUCAGAUGGGACUGGACCUCACUGCGAAAGACAUCAAAGAUCUCCUCGAGGCCCAGCGGCAGGUCCGCGAUCUCAAUUUGCUGGAUCCUGUCAAGCAAGCGGACCUUCGCCGCAUUGCUGGUCAACUCAAGCUUCUGCAAGACUCAAAGGGAGAGGGAUCGAAGGCGGCGGCAGAGCUGCACGAUAUCCUUAUCGCUUGUGAAGGCAACGAGAACGACUGCAUUAGAAUCUACUCAGGACUGCACUCUGGCUUCCGCACGCGCAUGGAAACCCAAGUCUGGGGCAUAUACGACAGGACCCCUGGCUUUGGACCUCUCGAUAUUUACCUCUCUGGCAAAUGUGAAGAGGGCCGAGCAGGUGCAAUCCUGCAUACCUACAUGUCCAGCAGGGGAUACUCUCGCUUCGACUGCUUCAUGGCUGAGGUUUCCCUAGCUACUGCCGAAGGAACUCUCUCCGAGCAGUGGAAGGAUCUGCCUCCCCGCAUCGUCAACGAUAUCCAGCAGCUUACUCCUACUGAGGCGCUGCUUUGGUACAGACGCUUGUCCCUUGCACAUUGCCUGGAAUCCUCCGACUUCGUGGCCAAAGUUCGCGCUUGUACUGAGCACCAGCUCAUGAAAGUUCCCUCUCUCACUCAGCUUCGUACCCUCAGUUCCAGCGAGUACUUGAGCAACAAGAUAUCCGCUUCCGCUGCCAAAGCCCUUUUCUUGGAAAUUGAUGCCCGCUUGCCUGAGGUUCUGAUGGCACGGGACUCAAAUACAGUUGAGCAAAUUGCCGCGGUCAUCCAGAGAAUCAUCCAGAAGAACAGCAUUGACGCUGGAACUGAUAUAUUUGCUUUGGCGGUGUUCUGUGCCUUCCGUCGAGUUGCUCUCAAUGAGAUUUAUUUGGAAGUUCUCGACAGGAAUCCUCUUCCCAACAACCACGAUGUUCAAGCCUCCUGCUUCGCGGAGAUGUUCGCGUUAGGUGCGCGUUGCGAUAUGUUCUUUGAUAUGACCCCAAUGAUGCUGGGCAAAAUUAUCGCACAUCGUUAUCGCGAGUAUUACAAAGUCAAUCAGCCCACACGGCGCGGUGAAGUAUUCACUGAGCUGCCGACAGCUUACGCAUCAAUGGACAUUGAUUUGGACCCCAAAGGCGACUCUAUCGAGAUACCCUUCUACUACCGGGUUACCUUCCUGGGAAUUUUCGCUUUACCUGCUCUCAUUGAUAUCACUAUGUUGACGACGGUUGGGCGUGGCCUGUAUCUCACUACCUUCAUGAGUGACAUUGAUAAGACACUGGCUACGACCGGACUCAUGGUAGCCCUCCUGAUCUGUGGUGGAUUUGGCAGCUGGAUCAGUUCCGGAGGAAGCUACUACCUCUAUGCCAUGGCAUUUCCUGCUAUGAGCAUGUUCAUCAUGACCCGUUUUAUUGCCGGACUUGCCGUCUCCUUAGUGGGUGGAAUCAUUGCGAUGAUCGUCAUCGGCUGCAUCCACGGCUUUGCGGCUGGUAUUCUGUUCUUCCUGUACUUCUUUUUCCUGUCCUCAUAUCUCAUGCUUCUCUCGGUGCUGGCCAUUUAUCAGCUUCCUGGAUUCCAAUUCCAAUCCGGAAGAACGAUCAUCAUCACCUGUAUUCCAAUUCUGUUCAUUUCCCCGCUCGUUACGUUGUGGGUCGGCCAUGACUCCGUGAUCUAUCUCUGUGUCAUUGGUAUAUUCCUGACAAAUCUCCUUCUCGGGGCACGACGUGUCAUCUCGAAGUGGAACACUUGGUACCGGAACAUCCCUUCCAUUACGGACGCCGAGGUGGUCAGUUGGUAUGUUGAAAGCCAGAAAUCUUCAAGCCCCGAAUUGCUUCAAGAGCUCCGAUCUUCUUCGCUUCCUCGCACUACUCUGGUGGAAACGGUGAAUAAGGAACGCAAGCGCUCAUUUUGGACGAAAGCAACAAAUGAUCCCCUUGUUCGGAGACUCGCAGAGGGGCACUCGGCCACAAUGUUUCUUCUUGUUUGGUUCUGUCGGUACUCACGUACCAAAAUCCCUCUUCCUUACAGCCCUACGUGGAAUCUGCAGCUCAAAGCUGCGAUAGACACGAUGGGAGACAUGCAGAAGGGUCUCAAGAUGCAUAAUGCCUUUCUUCAUUGGCGUCAUACUGGUGCCGACGUGUGGUGCGGUAUUCUCUACUUUAUCAUUGCCCUGAUGGAUAAAUGGACUGCACUGCUCACCGGAGAAGCGCUAGUCGGCCUGUCAACUGCAUCAAGCUCUGAAUUCCGCCUUGCCGUUGGUUUUGGCUUGGGAUACUAUCUUUCCGGCGCUGUGAUCCUCGACGCAGUUUCCCAGCCACUCUGGACCUCUGUCACUCAAAGAACCACUGAGGCAAUCUCUUCAUUGAGCAGCCUGCGUGAUGUGUUAUCUCAUAACUCAAAAGAGAGGAAAGCGCUAUAUUGGAAAAACCUCACCAAGUUUUUCUUCCUUCAUGUCUGGGGUGCAUCUAUUACUUUGACCCUCAUGUGGGCUUUUGAGUCCAGGGAACGUGCUACCAUUAUGUACCUUGCAUACACCGGUGCCUACAGUGGACUGCUCUUCUACCAGUACAACCGAAUUUUCACGGGAUCAAAAGCAGCCAGAUGUCUCACCCUGGGCUCCAUCCUUGGAUUCCUCACUGGCAUCAUUCUGCACACUGUCAUUCCUGCCUUCACUUGGAGCAGUGUCGUUGGAUUGGGCACCGGCACAUGGACUGCUGCUAUUUACUCGAUGUUCUUGUCGGACAUUGGCCUGCCCACCUUCAAGUCUAAGCCCCAGGUCAAGGUGCCCACUGACUCUGUGUCUGCUCGGCAAACUUACACAUGUAGCUCUCUGGGACCCUACUUGGAUCUUUCCCAGACCACUAUGGCGCAAACUUUUGACAGCAUUAAUGCGCUUCCCAAUGAUCUCCGCUAUUGCCUUGAUCCUUUCACGCACCCUGGAUCUGAAGUUAAAGAGAACAUCUUAUCUAGCUGGGGUCUGAAGAAGUCGAUAAUGAUACAGGCUGCGUUUCCUAAUGGAGAGCAUCUGCUCAGUGAAACAAUACGUCUCUGGGAAACUGGCAAAACGGUGGUCGAGUUUGUUUCUGCCGAGCACCUCCAGAAGGAGCAGAGAGUGAGAGUGGUUACUCGUCUAGCUGGUGAUGAGCUUCACGUCUUCGUCAUUAUUGGCCCUGGAUUCGUUGGAAUGGACUGGACGGCUAAUAUCCGUCGCAACUGCAAGGCGAUUGCAGAAGCUGUCGUCCAGGCCACUGCAGAAGCCAAACUAGGUCUUUCUCAUGAUCACUCCACAAUGGCUGAGCUCCUGCUUGUCGAACAUCGUGAUGAUUUUGACCUUUCCGUUCCUGAAGGUGUCAAGUAUCAGAUCGAGCGGAACGCGGUUGAGUGUGCACGCGUUGCUAAGUAUGGCAGGAGAACCUUCCUUCGCCAUCUUAUGCUCGGUAUUGAACCUGAUCUGGAAUGGGACAAUCUCCCAGAGAGUGCCCGAUCAUUCCUCAUUCGUCGCUGCGCAGGGAAGCCUACCCAAGUCACAUCCAGCGAGCUUGAAUGGCUCCAAACCCGGGCUGGUGCUGUGGAUCUUCAAGAAGUUGGCGUAUAUGUCGCACGCUACAACCUUGGUGUUGGCAUGUCCAUUUCUAUCAACUUUUUCGCUCAGCACUGGAUGGAUCAAGAUAUUUAUCCUGAAUAUCCGGUUCUCAUUGAUUCGACCUUUGAAAAGCCUUUCCACGCACUUCUACCGUCACCCAUCGGCGCAAAUUUGACCUUCAUCGAGGCGUGCACGCUCUCCUUUACUCGACUGCGGCACAAAAUCAAGACAAUAGUCAAGUUCGUUGUCAUCGCUCUUGUUGCUGAUGCUGAGUACCAGCGUGAGCUUAACUACAUGAUUCGAGGACAGCCCUUGAUCUUCGCCGAGCCAGCGAAGAUGCUGCUCAAUAGUAUCUGGUCAUUUUGCAAACUCCUUCAGCGGAUCCUUGUCCCUCUUGUCUUGCUUCACGGGCGCGAGAAUGUCUCCAACCUGUACAAGGCUACGCGCGGCUGGAAGACCAUCAUUGAAAAGGAUCGCAUCGUCAUUGAAAGUCUCAACGGACUUGUUACCUGCUUCUACCGGCCUCUGCCUGACGGGAGCGCACGUCUCUACCAGUACUCUGGUGAUCAUGACCAGGAGCCGGAGGACCAGUCGCAGCUGCUCGCCAUCAACACGUACUCAAGCAAGCUUGUCCUUCGCCGACGCGAGGAGUACAAGAGCGGCAAGGUCAUCAAUGACUUUACAUACGAGUAUCCUGAGAAUAGAAACAAGGCGAGAAGGAAACUCCCGAUCCAGCGGCAGUGCACCUCAGGAGAUCUCGAAGGUCAAUGCGUCCAGUACGAUGAUCGCGGGUAUAUAGUCUCUGGAUCUGCCAUGCAGGGUGUCAAUCCCGUCCAGGUCAAAUACUUCUUCCGAAAGAACGCCAAGUUUGAUGACGAGCUUCUGCACGCCGAAUACACCUUUCCUCACAUUCAGAUCAAGGUCUCCUGGUGCAUGCCACCCCCACGUCGACCUGAGCGCCAAAACACCUGGAUCCCUUACCCUAGGGUGAGUGAAGCAACCUUCAUCCAGGGCUCCGAUUCAUACUAUGCCAAAUGGACGUAUGAUCACAAGUUUCACCCUGUCAUUGCGACCACUCUCAAUGGUAAAGUGGUUGUUACUCCCGUCAUGAUUCGCGAAGAUUGGUUCCAUGUCCUGGACAAGCCAACGAAGAGCAGUUUCUUGUAUGACAACCCGCUGUUCUCUUUCAAGUCGGUCAAGACAAACUUCAUAACUCGCCUGUUGCGAAUGAACGUGAAGUUACGUCCAAUCCCCACAGCGCGCGCCCGUACGCAUCUGUGGAAAUCCUGGAAGGGAAGCAAGAAUUUUGAUGCGGUCACCACCACCUGGCUUGAUGAACGUCUUCUGAGAUCUGAUCGUGUUCUUCGUCCUUACUGGAGAAAGCGUGACUUCGGCCGCCUGGAAGCAGCUGGAGACUACCUCGACGCGCAAGUAGAUACAAUUCUGGCUCGAGUUGACAUCGAUCCAGAUAUUAGCUCAUGGACCCCUAUGGCCUUUAAGAUCAGUGAUCUGUACAGCUUUGGUCUGGGUGGCGAUGCCAGAAUCAAUACUCGAACACUCUCAACCCAGCUCCAAGACACUGACACUCAGCUCCACAUCCUCGCAAUGGAUACCGCUACUUGGCCCAACGAGCCUGGUGGUGUGUCUGCAUGUCGUCGUGACAUGAUUAACGACCUCAAGAAUACCAGAUGGCACAUCAUCUCCGAAAAUGCCAAUGACUACGGAGUCCCCAAGUUCCAGAUCGAGAGGAAUGUUCAGUCUUUGACUGUCCUUCCCCAAUGGGGUCUCGAUUUCCUUAAUCCGACUCACGGGGUUUUCCAGAACUGCCUUGACUCUGCCGUUGUUGAGAAAUCACAGGAUACGAGGACUGAAGACAUCGAGAAGCACUUCCUCCCCAUUCUCACAAAGCUAGUUCGCUGCGCUCGCACAACCAACCUGACCCGCCAGCACAUUGAAGAGGCAACCAAUGCUCUUGUUGACCUGAACACUUAUUUUGAGUCUGGCCGUAGCUGGAAUGAUGUGUGGAUGAGCGACACUGUGAAGAAUGCAUGGCGCCAGUUGUGGCUGUCUGAGGAUGUUGAAGACGCGAUUCCAGUUUCACAGUGGUGGGAUUGCGAAUUUCCGUCGCUUCAUCAGCUCGAUAACGCCCUUGACAUGUGGCAUCGAUACCUUUUCAUCUUCUCCAUCCCCGUUCCAGAGAGAAUUCCGGAUGUCUUCCAAGUCUCUCACCACUUCACGGGCGCAACAUAUGGUGUCCUCUGCAAAGCCAAGCGUAAGUGCGCUCUGCACGUCUGGGACCAUUGCGUCAGUUUCCGGGAGAUGACUACCUUCAUGUCGGCUGCUGUGUCUUUUGAUUCAAUUUUUGUAAACAGCACUCUUCUCUCUCUUGGUCAUCUUUCGUGCGUGCUCAUCGAGCAUCACGCUGAUGUGGUUCUUCCUUGUGCCGAGUAUUUCAAUCCUGGCUGGGAAAUUGAACUGGGAACAGCCGAGGGUGCCCUCGAGCAUCGUCGUAAUUUCGCUCGCAAGAUCGAUCCUGUUGUCAACGGUAUCACGAACAUGGAGAAGUACAAACCUAUCGAGGAGAUCAAAACUAAGACACCCACCGUGGUGAUGCUGUCUCAUGUUCGUUACGUCAAGGAUAUCAAGACCGCUAUCAUGGCAACAGACCUCAUCGUCAAUAAAUGGGGCCUCAACGACUAUCGUCUCCACAUCUACGGAGAUAUGGAACGUGCGCCUGCUAUCGCGUCUCAGUGUCAGGAAGUUAUCGCGUCCAAGGGCUUACGCGAGCACGUCAUUCUCAAGGGUCUGGGUAACCCAUCUGUUGUGCUUCAGGACGCCUGGCUGUUCAUGAACUCGUCAAUUUCAGAAGGACUUCCUUUGGCCAUGGGUGAAGCGGCAUUGACUGGUGUCCCCGUGGUCUGCACAGACGUUGGUGCAUCGUUCUGUGUCGUGACAGACAGAGCAACAGGCAAGCGCUUCAGCGAGGUCGUCGCCCCUAAUGACUAUGACUCUCUUGCCCGAGCACAGAUUCGCGUCCUUGCGCUCCUAGAACAAUGGAGUCCCUUCGCGGAAGACAAGGAAGGAGACGUGGUGCCCAAACUGGAGUUCCACCCAACACCCGAACAGAUCAGCGCCAUUUCUAAGCGCAUGUAUGCGAAGCAAAAACAACGCGAACGCUUCGGAAUGAAGGGUCGCGAUAAUGUUCUCAAUUCUUUCUCGAGCCACCGGUACCUCCGUGAGCACGAGCAAAUGCUAUGGCUUGGCAAGUACCAGAGCCACAGUUACAUCUCCCGCAGCGCAGUGUCCUCGAACAACUCUAGUGGUCUUCUUCUCAAGGAGAAGACUGCCCAACACCGCGUCUCGUACCUAUCCUCGCCACCAUCAACGCCGAAUUCAGUGUACCAACCUAUGCCUCCGAGGGCGUGGAGGGCAAUGCGCGACUACCAGCAGGCGGCCUCGUCUGGCUCAUCUGGUACGCAAACACCAGUUUAA